GAUUUCGGAGGCAAGAACCCUUGUACUUGACGAAACGUUGGCAACUUGGCACGUUUGUUUAACGGUUUAAGUCAAAAAAAAAAAAAAAACACAAUUUCUUUCUCUCUGAUCUUUUUCUUCCUCCUCUCUCAUCUCAUCCAUCGAAACCCUAAUUCGAAUAACACAGAAUCAAAGAGAACAUCAAUCACUUCAAAAUUCGUUGAUUGAUACAAAUUUCUUUUCAAUUUCCGACGUUUUUCGACCUAUAAAACAAAGAUUUCCAUGGCGUUGCCGUUAAAUUGCAAGUUAUGACACAUCGGUAGCAGAUUGAUGGAGAUGGGCUGCUGUGGUUGCUUUGGGUUUUCGAGACGGCGUAAAGCUAUUGCGAGGCCGGAGUUUCGAAUUGGCGGCUAUAGGAGCGUGCUUUCACAGAAGCCUUUGUUAGAUGGUGGAGGAGAAGAUGAUGUUGAUGAUGUGGAUGACGUGGAUGAUAGUUUUUAUAACGGGGAAUCUACUAACAUGACACAAGGGUAUGAUGAAAGUGAGGUGUCUACUGGGGCGAAACGAUCAGAAGAGAUUAUCAAUUUUAAGAUUAGAAAUGGGUUGGUUUGUAGGCAAUUCGAGGUCAAGGAAACGCGCAGACUCGUGCGUUCAGAGGAUGAAAAUGGAAUCAAGAUGAUUAAUGAGUAUAUCCGCGAGUUCAAAAUUGGGUCCGGUAGUUAUGCAAAAGUGGUUCUUUAUCGAAGCAGCAAAGAUGGAAAACAUUAUGCAAUAAAGGCUUUUCACAAGUCCCAUUUGUUAAAGCAACGGGUUGCACCUUCAGAGACUGCUAUGACAGAUGUUUUUCGGGAGGUGUUGAUUAUGAAAAUCGUGAGCCAUCCCAACAUAGUUAAUCUUAUUGAGGUGAUUGAUGACCCAGACACAGAUCACUUCUAUAUGGUUCUUGAGUAUGUGGAGGGAAAAUGGGAUUGUGAUGGUUCUGGACCACCUGGCGGCUUAGGGGAAGCUAUUGCAAGAAAAUAUUUACGAGAUAUUGUUUCUGGGCUAAUGUAUCUCCAUUCACAUAAUAUAGUACAUAUGGAUAUCAAGCCUCAAAAUCUUUUGGUCACACAAAAUGGCACUGUAAAGAUUGCAGACUUCAGUGUCAGCCAAGUAUUUGAGGGUGAUAAUGAUGAGCUACGCCGCUCUCCUGGAACACCGGUUAUAACUGCACCAGAGUGUUGCUUAGGUCUUACUUAUCAUGGCAAAGCUGCUGAUACAUGGGCCGUGGGAAUCACCUUGUAUUGCAUGAUAAUGGGAAAGUUCCCCUUCAUUGGAGAGACACUACAAGAGACCUAUGACAAGAUUGUUAAUGAUCCCAUCUAUGUCCCCGAUGAUCUUAAUUCACAACUCUGCAAUUUAUUAGAGGGACUCCUAUGCAAAGAUCCUGAUGAAAGGCUGACGUUAGAAAUGGUUGCUGAGCAUCCAUGGGUUAUUGGGGAAGAUGGGCCGCUCCCUGAGUUUUUAUGCUGGUGCAAGCAAAAUAGCUUGCAGGGGGAUAUGCAUAAAGUGGAUACUGAAGUACUUCCACAAGAUUUGGAUUCAAAAGCAGAAGGGGAAAGUUUAACGUUAUGACAAACCCAUUUUUGUUUUUGGCAGACGUUCAGUUUUGUGCUAUUUAUUCGCUCGUAUGCGCUUGUUUGUUUUUCUUAUACAUCAAUGAUGUUUAUGUAUGUUGUACAGUAGCAAAUGCUAGGAACAAUAUUAGUGAAAUUAACAUUGCGGAGAAGAGGAAAAGGAGGAAAGAGAGUAGAUUUAUGGGGGUGCUUUUUUGUGCGAAAGGAAAAUAUUUUUUAUUUUUUACUUUAUAUUGAUGAUAGCAUGAAUUUCUUUUA